UUUAAGGGUCACGUUGCCAGCAGCGUCGUCACCUAGGAGACGUUUUGUUUAUAUCCGGGUUGUCCGAGUCGAAAACAAGCAAGAAGGGGCACCCGCACGCAAAGCGGAUUAAAGUGGAGCAGAGAUGGCGGGGGAGACCGAGGACGAGAUACCAGAAUCGGGUGCAGUGUUUACAUUUGGAAAGAGUAAAUUUGCCGACAACAUCCCAAGUAAGUUCUGGCUGAAAAACGACGUUCCGUUGAAAAUAGCUUGUGGGGAUGAACACACCGCCUUAAUAACAGAAAAUGGAAAACUCUUCAUGUUUGGCAGCAACAACUGGGGCCAACUCGGUCUGGGAUCCAAACUGACGGUGAACAAGCCUACAUGUGUCAAAGCCCUGAAGUCUGAGAAAGUUCAGCUCGUGGCCUGUGGAAGAAACCACACUCUCAUCUGCACUGCUCAGGGUAAAGUGUACGCCUCUGGUGGCAACAGCGAGGGUCAGCUGGGGCUCGGCGACUGUGAGGAGAGGACGGCAUUUCAGCGAGUUGAUUUCCUUGAUUCGCACGGACCAAUCAAAAUGCUCGCUGCCGGGUCAAACACCUCCGCUGCUCUCACAGAAAGUGGUAAACUGUUCAUGUGGGGUGACAACGCCGAGGGUCAGAUCGGUUUGGGGAAGGAGAGUCACGCCUCCUCGCCGCAGGAAGUCAGCGUGACCCAGCCAAUCGGCUGGGUGUCCUGCGGAUACUACCACUCUGCCUUAGUGACAGUUGACGGAGCUCUCUACACGUUUGGUGAGCGGGACAGUGGCAAACUGGGUGUGGGCACCGGCCAGCUGCCCAGACACCGAGUCCCUCAGCUGGUGAAGAGCAUCAAGGAGCCGGUGACACAGGUGGCCUGCGGGGGCGGGCACACUGUGGCACUUACAGAGGACAGCGUGUACACGUUUGGCCUCGGCCAGUUCGGACAGCUCGGUCACGGGACGUUUAUUUUCGAGUCCCGGCUGCCGCGUCAGGUCGAACACUUCAAGAAGGGAAGGGUCUGUCAGGUGGCCUGUGGAGAGAACCACACCGCUCUCAUCACUGAUGGUGGUUUGCUCUACACAUUUGGAGAUGGCAGACACGGUAAACUGGGCCUGGGGGAGGAGAACUUUGCCAACCAGUUCAAACCAACUCUGUGUCCACGCUUCCUUAAGUACAAUGUUCAGGCAGCUGUGUGUGGGGGCUGUCACAUGGUGGUGUUGGCUCGGGUGAGGGAGCAGAGCUGUGACGUCGUGACUCUGGAGGAGGAGGACGUGAUGGAAGAUUACCUGGAGAGGCCGUGUGUGGAGCUGCUGGGGCUCACGGCCGACUCCUCCACCCUGCAGAGGAGCCUCUCUGCCCGGGUUCGCAGGAGAGAGAGGGAGCGAUCUCCAGAUAAGUUCGGUGUCAUGUUCCGCACUCUGCCCGCCAUGACACCUGGCUUCCUUCACCCGCUGCUGCCCAUCUCCAGCCAGACCAUCCCGCCCAGGCUGCCUCCACCUGAGCUGACCCACAGAAAGCUGCGCAACGGCACUCACCGACACAGUAGCGCAGAGUCCAACCACCAGGCGCAGGCAGGGGGCGAGACCGACAGCGUUGUGGAGAGCCUGACCGACACCGACAGCGUUAAAGGCCUGGGAGAAACCACGGACUUCCUCAACAUGACACACGUGAUAAGGAUGGACCCCAGUGAUAAAUCUCUCACUCUGUCUCCAGUUAAGAAGAUGAAGGGUAAGCAUGGUAAGACCAUUGUAGGAAAGAAAGAGAGCCAAACAAAGGAGAGAAAGCUCUCAAAGCAGAGUAGCUUCCCUUCGUCUUCCCCACCUCGUAGGGGGGACACUGUCUCCGCUUGCCAGGCGUUGCCCGCCGAGGUCCCGUUGAGCCGCAGCGCUCGACAGAGACAGAAGAGGACCGGCCAGAACAAAGAGAAUCUGAUCAUGGCCACGGGCAAGCUGGAGAGGAGACCAAGUAAAAACAAACCUCAGAGUGUAGGGGACAUCGGGAAGGCAUCCAAGCACUGUCCCAGGCCAGGUCAGGGUGAAGGCCAGCUGAUAGAGGUUGGCAAGAAGCAGGUGCCACGCUCCAAACAAAGUCCCGAAAACAAAAACACAUCUUCAGGUGUUGGCUCUGAAGCUGCGGUGGCCAAAGUUAAGCAAGUGCAGCCCCAAGCGUUUAAAAGCAAACCGAUUGUCGUGCAAAGUCAAUAUGCUGGAGUUGGUUCGCCAGGUACACGUGCUCACAAGGACUCGCCUGGCUUUCACCUGAGUGACGCCCUGGAUGAGGAAAGUACGGGAAGCUCUCGACUGGUUUCUGAGGUGAACAGAGACUCAGAAUCUAAAGAGGACUUGGAUUUAUCCAAAAAAUCUAAGAACGAGAAAAACAAAAAAGAGGCUCAGUCAAAGAAACAGUCCAAGCUCGCAAAAAAAAGUCACAAAGAGCCGUUAGAUGAGAUUGGCCUGCUUUCCGCGACUGCCUCGCUUGCUGCCGGAGCGGUGUUAAUGAAAGAGGUGGUGUCCAGAAGCUGUUUCAGCUCGCCGACGACGUCCCCGUCUGAGAGCAGUGGCGUCCUGAAAGACGGCGUGAGGAAAUCAAGAAGUGAUGAGCCCGGAUCUGCUGACCUGAGCAACAAAUCUGCAGUCAGCAUCAGUAUCAUACCUGCGUCUGAGAGUCCUGAAGCGAGGACGAGUCGGGAGGAGAAGAAGGCAAUGAGUCAGGAUGGACGUACGGAUGGCAGUGAGGAGCAGACAAGCUCUGCAACAGUCAAGCAGGAGGAGGAGGAGGUGGAGGUUGAAGAAGAUGAGAGGGGUCAGAGAAUGAGUGCAGAAGUAAGCGAGGAGGAAGAAGAAGAAGAGGAGGAAGAGAGUGUUGAUAAAAUCGCAGCAGAGGAAGAAAAUGACAAAGACAGCGACACUCUGAAGAUGGAAGUUAAGUCAGAAACUAGCUUAGAUGAGGAGGAAGACGAGAGUGCUGCUGAGGAAGAGGAGGAGGAGGAGGAGGAAGAGGAUGCAAGCAGGACAGCAGGGAGCGAAAGUGAAGAUGAGACUGAAGAGAAAGAGAGCAAAGGAGGUGAUGAUCAAGAGGAGGAGGAGGAAGGCGAGGAAGGGUCAAGUCAUGAAACAGAAAGCAAAGGAGGUUUGACCGAAAAUGAGGAGGAGGAAGCUGAAGAAGAAGAAGAAGAAGAAGAAGAAGAAGAAGAAGAAGAAGAAGAGGGGGAUUUGGAAAGCGAGGGCGAGGAAGAGGAGGAUGAGAGUGAAUCUUUAAAGUCUUCAGAGGACAGAGAAGAGAGUGAUGUUGAGAGCAUGAGUGAGGGAGAGGACGAGUGGAAAAAGGAGAGUAGCACUGAGGAGGAAGGGGAGAGUGAUGACGAAAAUGAGGAAAGUGAAGAAGAGAAUGAGGAGGAAGAGGAAGAGGAGGAGAGUGAAAAUGAAGAGCAGGAGGAGGAGGAGGAAGAAGAAGCAGAGGAUGAGAGUGCUGACAAAGAGACGGAUGAAGAAAAACAGAGUGAAGAAGAGGAGGAGGAUGAAGAAGACGAGGAAGAUGGUGCUGAGGAAGAGGAAGAAGAAGAAAAAGAGAGUGAGGAUGAGGUAGUGGAAGAGGAGGAGGAGGAGGAAGGAGAGGAGAUGAAGGAGGAGGAAGAAAGUGAGGAAGAUGAAAUGGAAGAUAAUGAAGAAGAGGAGGAAGAGAGUGAGGGAGAGCAAGAUGAAGAGGGUGAAGAGGAGGAGGAGGAGGAGGAGGAGGAGGAGGAGGAGGAGGAGGAAGAAGAAGAGGUCAAAAAAGUCAAAAGACAAAGUGCAAAAUCUACAAGUAAACCGAGGUCAGGGGUCAGAGGUCAUGCAGCGGGGGAGUCUGAGGAGCUUUGGGGCGAAGUUCUGCCUCAGUACCUCCACCUGAAAUAACACUGAUCAUGUGCGUUAUUGAUCAUUUUAUUAUUGAUCAACCCGUCAGUUAUUUUUCUGUAAAGGCUUUGUUAGCUUAUUUGUUUGGAUGCUUAUUUUUUUGUUUACAUAUGACAUUUUUCUAUUACAAUUCGUUCACUUUGGUUCAGUCUGAUGCGAGGGACACUGUGACUUAAUCGUUGGCAAAGUAAAAGGUUUACAUAUUUACAUACAUUACUUGCUUUCUCUUUUCAUCUCUCUUUUUCAUUCAUUUCUGUCUCCGGUAAUAAAUAUCUGUUUCAUUUAUGGUU